GCAGCCAGAGAUCCGGCCAUAUUGAGUUUACAGUUCUGUCAGAGCUGCACCAUCGAGGGAAAAUUACAUUAUAUAUAUAUAUAGAUAUAUUCCAGGACACCAGCCGGAGACCCCCCUCACCCCUCCCAGGCCAUGGGCAAGAGAGAGCGCCCAACACCCCCAGGGCUAAGCUUGGUAACACUGGCACUCAGCCUCCUGGUUUGUGCAUCCGGGAUGGAGAUCACUGUGCCUGGUGUUGUUCUUGCCCUUAAUGGCUCCGACAUACGACUGCCCUGCAACUUCAACUCAUGCUACAAGAUGGACACCAAGCAGUUCUCCAUGAACUGGACGUAUCGGGAAUGUGACAACUGUACUGAAGAGACGUUUAUCCAGUAUGAUAAGAAGAUCAUCAACCACCGCCUCGAUCGAUUCCAAAACCGAGUGGAAUUUACAGGAAAUCCCAGUAGAAAUGAUUUGGCAGUGACGAUUCAUGAUGUUCAGUUGCAAGAUCAAGGAGAAUACCAUUGUUAUGUGCUUAACCCUCCAGACCGUCAUAAGGGCACUGGGAAAAUUCACUUAGAGGUCCUUACAGAAGUUCCUCCAGAAAGGGACUCCACAGUUGCAGUUUUGGUUGGAGCAUCGGUUGGCGGUUUCCUGGCUGUUGUUAUUCUUUGCCUUGUCAUCCUGAAAUGUGUCAGAAGAAAAAAAAUGCAAAACCUUAACUCAGAGGAUCAGAAAACUGAGGAAGAAGUGAAGACUGAUGGAGAGGGAAACCCUGAAGGAGAACUGAAAGCAGCCAUCCCUGAGGUUCUAUGACCUGCCUCUUCCAUAUACAAUUUAAAGUGGAUUCCCAGGGAGAAGGAGACAGCAUUGUCCUUAGAAUGUAUAAAGAAAACUCUGAUAUUCAUUUUGAGCAUUAAUCCGCUCCCUGGCAUGAAGAUUAUGUGACACACACUGUUUAUAAUCCCAAGAGACUGAGAGAACCCUUCUCCUGUGUAUGAUCCUGACAUACUGAAGAAAACAUCUAGGUAUCUUUAGUCUAGAGACACGUUUAACCUUCUCCUCUUUGUGAUUCUGUUAUACACUGUGUGCGAUUGUCAAUUAUGUCAGGUUCAAUAGCUUAGAGUGUGGGCGAUCCGCUAGACUAUUUUUGUAAACCUGUGUGUGAGUCCUGAGGAAUGAACCAAGGUCUCCUUUUAUGUACAGAUCACUCACAGAAUGAAGGAAUGUUUUGUUUGCACUGCAUAGAUCUUGUACGUAAUGCAUACAAUGAAUUCAGGAUGUCUUCAGACCCUUUCACUUUUUUCACAUUUAAUAAUUGCGGCCUUGUGCUAAAAUGAAAAAAAUAAUGACAUUUUCCCCCUAAUCUGCACUCAAUGCCUCAUAAUGUAAAAACAGAAUUUUAUAAAUUUUUUCAAAUAUAUUAAAAAGGAAAACCUUCAUUUUUUUGACAUUAACAUAAGUAUUCAAACCCUUAGCUUUCUCACUUGAAAUUUUGUUCUGGGAGCCUACUAUUUCUCUUGAUCAUCUUUGAGAUGUUUCUAUAUCUUUAUCGGAUCUUCUGGAAGUUCUGAAAGAAACUUCCAGAAGGUCAGCCAUCACUGCAGUAUUCCUGCAAUCUGGGCUUUAUAAAAGCCCCCUGAAGUUUGCAAAAAAAGCACCUAAAAGUGUGAGAAACUAAAAUAUCUGGAUGGAUCAAGAUUGAAAACCAGGGCUGAAGUUUUUGGCCUUAAAGGGGUACUCCACCCCUAGACAUCUUAUGCCCUAUCCAAAGUAUAGGGGAAA